AUGGCUUCUGCCGACGGCUCGCCUGUCGAUCGGAAAAGCAAAAUCUCAAAGCGCUCCUCCAAUUCAUACACCUCGGACGAGUGGCGGAGGCACCGACCUUUAAUCACCCAGUUAUACUUCGAGGAAGGCCGGACCCUCAAGGAUGUGGCUGAAUACUUGAAGAGGGAAUAUGACUUUGCUCCCACUGAGCGCAUGUAUAAAAGUCGACUCCAUACAUGGGGCCUGGAUAAGAAAAAGAAGGAGCACGAAAUGCUCGAUCUGGUGCGCCAAGGCCUCCAGCAAAAGGGCGACGACAAGGACAAAGUCUUCUUGGUGAGAGGAAGGCAAGUGACCCUUGCCGACGCCUUGCACUACUUCAACCGCAAGGGUAUUAAAGACCCGUCAAGCCUCCUGGAGCCUCAGAGAUCAGUAUCUGGCGACCUGUCAUCUCCCGAAGAUGCCGACGUCAAGACACCUCUGUCAUCCAACGACGACGUGCUCAACACCACCCAGGACGUAUCCGACUUUGAAAUGACCAGAAGUCCCAUGGAGAUGAGCGAACAAGAAAAGCCCACACUCGCCUUGAGACUGAGGACUUCCGACGUCGCCGCCGAUCGCCUAGCGGCUUUACAGCACGCCUUGAAUAUACCCGAGCUCCCACCGAUGCCUCCAUUCCGAACGCUUUCGGUCGAAUCAUCAGUUGCACAAGUCACAGUUUCGGCCGAAGACCAACGAUAUCAGGACGUCAUCUUUCAAAACAUGCAAAAUCACUACAUGAACUUGUUCACGGCGCGAAACCUCUCCAUCCGCAACACUACCGGGACGUGGACUGCUACCUCGGACGAUGCUCUGGCUGAUAGGUUUUACUAUUCCAUGUACCAUGGCUAUUCAUUUCUAUGGAAUGGCCAGCGAGAUCGAGCGUUUGACAAUUUUUACAAAGCUUUUGCGCUCAUCGAAGGUCUUCUGAAGGACGACCACGUGGGCUUCAUGAUCUACAUCUUUGACCUGAUCAUCCGACAUGAUGGGACCGGGUAUGAAGAACCGUUACUCAUGCUUCUACAACACCUCGCCGACAUGGUCAAAACCGUCUUCGAGUCCGAAGAGCAUCCCAUCUAUAUGAUUGCCAUACACAUGCACGAUGCCACUGCAUCGCGAGCCUGGUUGGCCGAGUCCACCUUGCGCAGGCUCCUCGACUUCUUCCAAGAUAGUAUAGGGUACUUCCAUCCCGAGACCAUCGCCUUACUCCAGACCUUUGCAAGUGGUCUUUUAAAUCGAGAACGUUUUGCCGAGGCCGCCGUCCGAUUCCAGCAACUGGUGGACGCUUUUGAAACCACCGUAAAUAAACAAUGCUACGAGGUCUGUUACGCCUUGCGGUCUACGUCUGAAGCCUUUUUCCACAUGGACGAAUAUAUGCAGGCGCUUCAAGCCAUCAAGGCGGCACUGGAGCGAUCACAGACCUUACCACGACCAGAGGAACGCGAGAUCUACGUCCGGUGUUUGAGAGGGCUGGCCGAGAUCUCGAAUAAGCUGGGCCGAAAAGAAGAAGCCAACGAGACGAUGCAACAUGUGGUUGAUGUUUGUCGGGAUGCGUUCGGACCUGAACACCCAUUUACGAAUCGUGCCAGGAUGCACCUCAAAACAAUUCUCAAAGGCGACGCAACGAGCGAUUCUGCGAUCCCACCGAUGGUUUACCGGUUGGGCCGGGGUGGCAACGCCGCCAAAUAUAUUUGGAUUUCUCGAACGAGUCCUACUCGACUGCAGGCUUAA